AUGAGCGACCCUUUUAAUAAAAUUAGAAAUUAUUGCUUUACCACCUCAUUUACUUAUUUGAUUUCGAUUGCCUACGUGACCAUUUUCAUAUUCUUUGUUAUACAUGCUUUUAGAGACAUUGAAAAUGCUUUUUGGACUACAAGAAUUGAUAAUUUUAUCUUGCAAGAGAUAAAUAUAGUUAUUCAUAUAGCUAUUUACUUAAUAUAUUUUGUAUCUUUAGGAGGUGUACUUUUAUUACUUUUACCUUUCCUAAAUAAAUCAUGGCAAAAGGUUUAUGAAGAUUGGUCUCCUAUAGUUAGUUUUCUAAUCAGCAUUUCAGCUAUUAUUCUUUCUUCUUAUGGAUAUAAAAAACAAAUCGUUGAUGAGCAAUAUAAUUUAUCUUCAUCUGCAUUCUUUCAAGCGAUGAUAAUAUUUUCGGUAGGACGGGCAUCUCAUAAUAUUCUUACUCAACUUUUAUUUCGUUUUUCACAAAAAAAAUACGAAAAAGAUUUAGAAACUCUUCGACAAUCAAUAUCAACAAGUGUACCGGUCAAUUCUUAUUCAAUUUUUCAAACACAACAAUUAAAUAACGAUUCAUCUAUCGAAAGUUUGGUGAAUUUUCAAUGGAUUUAUAAUUACAGUAAAAUGUUUGCUAAAAUAGAAUUAUUUAGAACCAUUUAUUAUUUAAUAUUUCCAAUUAUUUCUUUGGCUCUCAAUUUACAAUCCAUGAAGAAUACAAAUGGACAUGAAGCUCAACUCUUAUUAAAAGGGAUAAUCAAUUGUAAUAUAUUUAUUAUUACAAACUCUAUUGUUUAUAUAAUUAAUAUAGGCAACUUCUUUCAUGGGUUAUCUCUCCUAAGGACGAAUGGUGUCAUUCCAUUGAAUGAUUCGUAA